GGAGGAGAGAAAGAGAAGAGUUCUGCAGUAGGAACAGCUUUCCGAGAGAAAUGAAAUCUCUCUGCUUCAUUUCUACAGCUCCAUUGAUUCGUUCGUCUCCAUUUCUUCCUCUUUCUCGAACAAGCUUGAAUCGAUUUACUCUCAAGAUUCCAUCUUCUCCCUACUUAUCCCAUCCAACAAGAUGCAGUAUUUCAAACCCCUCGAGCUCUGAGAAAUCGUUGGAUUCCAAUGGUGGAAUGUCUAGGGCAUCGAUCAGUGUCUUCGGAGGUACUUCGCUUAACAAUCUAAAGAUGCAAGUGGGCAGUCCAAUUUCUCUGCAUUCAAUUAAUCCAUUAGCUAAGCUGAGUUUGAGUGAUCAAGCAUUUCUUCUCUUGGCCUUCAUCGUUUGCACGACUUCAGUGGCUUUUACAAGUCUUGUGAUUGCAGCUAUUCCUACACUUUUGGCCAUGGGUAGAGCUGCAACUUCCUUUGCAAAGUUAGCCGACACAGCUCGCAAAGAACUUCCAAGUACCUUGGCAGCGGUAAGGCUCUCCGGCAUGGAAAUAAGCGAUCUUACUCUAGAAUUGAGCGAUUUAAGCCAAGAUAUAGCUGAUGGGAUAAACAAAUCAGCUAAAGCGGUUCAAGCAGCUGAAGCUGGAAUCAAACAGAUUGGAACACUUGCACAAGAGCAAACUCUCUCAAUGAUUGAAGAGAGAGCAAAUUUACCAGAAAUAUCACUGCAACCUGUUGUGGCUGGUGCAGCAGAGAAGACUUCUCACGCAAUCGGCAGUGCAACUAAGAGACUAAUGAACAUUAUAACCGGAGGAAACAAGGAUGAAGAUUUAGACUUCAAGUGCCCACCUGAUUCUUUCUCUAUUCACUUCCGAACCUCUUUCUGUGCCCCAAAACACAAUAAGGGUUCAGUCUUCUUCCAACCGCAGUGUGCGGUAUCCACUUCACCGGCGUUAUUAACUUCUACGCUUGAUGUGGCAAAGCUUAGACUACCCUCUUUCGAUACUGAUUCAGAUUCCCGAAUAUCAGACAGGCAAUGGACUUAUACAAGGGCCGAUGCUCCUUCCACUGAGGCAAAAUAUUUAGAAGCUUUAGCCUCUGAGACACUUCUCACAAGUGAUGACGCAGUAGUUGUAGCUGCAGCAGCUGAAGCAGUCGCCCUUGCAAGAGCUGCUGUCAAAGUUGCUAAAGAUGCAACAUUAUUUAAGAACAGUAACAACACGAACCUAUUAAUUUCAUCAACAGCCGACAAACGCUCAAAGUGGGACCAGUUUACUGAGAAGGAACGUGCUGGCAUAUUGGGACAUCUAGCGGUUUCGGACAAUGGAAUUGUGAGUGAUAAAAUCACUGCACUUGCCUCUAACAAAGAGUUGUCUGGUGAUUUAGAAUCAGAAAAACAAGAAGAAGUUGAGCUUCUGGAGGAGCAACCUUCAGUUAGUUUAGCUGUGAGAUCUACACGCCAAACUGAAAGGAAAGCUCGGAGGGCAAAAGGGUUAGAGAAAACUGCAUCAGGUAUUCCGUCUGUGAAGACUGGUUCGAGCCCUAGAAAGAAACGUCUUGUUGCGCAAGAAGUUGACCAUAAUGAUCCUUUGCGUUAUCUAAGAAUGACAACAAGCAGUUCCAAGCUUCUCACUGUCAGAGAAGAACAUGAGCUGUCGGCAGGAAUACAGGACCUUCUGAAGUUAGAAAGACUUCAAACAGAGCUUACAGAGCGUUGUGGACGUCAGCCAACCUUUGCGCAGUGGGCUUCUGCUGCUGGAGUCGAUCAAAAAUCAUUAAGGAAACGUAUACAUCAUGGCACACUAUGCAAAGACAAAAUGAUUAAAAGCAACAUUCGACUCGUUAUUUCGAUUGCAAAGAAUUAUCAAGGAGCUGGGAUGAACCUCCAAGAUCUUGUCCAGGAAGGGUGCAGAGGGCUUGUGAGGGGAGCAGAGAAGUUUGAUGCUACAAAGGGUUUUAAAUUUUCAACUUACGCGCAUUGGUGGAUCAAGCAAGCAGUGCGGAAGUCUCUCUCUGAUCAGUCCAGAAUGAUAAGAUUGCCUUUUCACAUGGUGGAAGCAACAUAUCGGGUGAAAGAGGCACGAAAGCAACUGUACAGUGAAACCGGUAAGCACCCAAAGAACGAAGAAAUUGCAGAGGCAACAGGGCUAUCGAUGAAGAGGCUCAUGGCGGUUCUACUCUCUCCUAAACCUCCAAGGUCGCUAGACCAGAAAAUCGGAAUGAAUCAAAACCUCAAACCUUCGGAAGUGAUAGCAGAUCCAGAAGCAGUAACGUCAGAAGAUAUACUGAUAAAGGAAUUCAUGAGGCAGGACUUGGACAAAGUGUUGGACUCGUUGGGUACAAGGGAGAAGCAAGUGAUACGUUGGAGAUUUGGGAUGGAGGAUGGGAGAAUGAAGACGUUGCAAGAGAUAGGAGAGAUGAUGGGAGUGAGCAGGGAGAGAGUGAGGCAGAUAGAGUCGUCUGCAUUCAGGAAACUAAAGAACAAGAAAAGAAGCAACCAUUUGCAGCAAUACUUGAGAGUGAAGCUAAUGGCAGUAGCUACACAUUGUUUCACUUCACCUUGUCAUGACCGUAUUCGAUUUUUCUCAAGCGAUGAUGGUCGGCUUGGCAUUACUAGAAAGAGGAUCAAUGGCACUUUCUUGCUCAAGAUUUUACCUCCAAUCCAAAAUGCUGGGGGGAGAUCCUCACGCCCUAUAUCUGCAUUCAGGUCAGGAUUCUCUAAGGGGAUAUUUGACAUUGUGGCAUUACCAUCAAAAAAUGAACUCAAGGAGCUGACCACUCCACUGUUGCUAAAACUCGUGGGUGUUUUAGCCUGCGCCUUCCUCAUUGUUCCAUCUGCAGACGCAGUUGAUGCACUUAAGACUUGUGCAUGCUUAUUGAAGGGAUGCAGGAUAGAACUCGCAAAGUGCAUUGCCAACCCUGCCUGCGCAGCCAAUGUCGCGUGCCUCCAGACUUGUAAUAACCGUCCAGAUGAAACCGAGUGCCAGAUCAAAUGCGGGGAUCUUUUCGAAAACAAGGUAGUUGAUGAGUUCAACGAGUGUGCUGUGUCGAGAAAAAAGUGUGUUCCUAGAAAAUCUGAUCUCGGAGAAUUUCCUGCCCCAGACCCUUCUGUUCUUGUCCAGAACUUCAACAUCUCGGACUUUAACGGGAAGUGGUACAUUACAAGUGGCUUGAAUCCAACCUUUGAUGCCUUCGACUGCCAGCUGCAUGAGUUCCACACAGAAGGUGACAACAAACUUGUUGGCAACAUCUCCUGGAGAAUAAAGACCCUAGACAGUGGAUUCUUUACUAGGUCAGCUGUACAAAAAUUUGUGCAAGAUCCUAACCAACCUGGUGUUCUCUACAAUCAUGAUAACGAGUACCUCCACUAUCAAGAUGACUGGUAUAUCCUGUCUUCAAAGAUAGAGAAUAAACCUGACGACUAUAUAUUUGUAUACUACCGUGGACGAAACGAUGCUUGGGAUGGAUAUGGUGGUGCAGUUGUAUACACAAGAAGUUCUGUAUUACCCAAUAGCAUUAUACCAGAACUAGAAAAGGCAGCAAAAAGCAUAGGCAGAGACUUCAGUACAUUCAUUAGAACAGAUAACACAUGUGGUCCUGAACCUCCACUGGUAGAAAGAAUUGAGAAGACAGUAGAAGAAGGGGAAAGGAUAAUCGUAAAAGAGGUUGAAGAGUUAGAAGAGGAAGUAGAGAAGGAAGUGGAGAAAGUUGGUAAGACUGAGAUGUCCUUGUUCCAGAGAUUGGCUGAAGGAUUUAACGAACUGAAGCAAGACGAGGAGAAUUUCGUGAGAGAGUUCAGUAAAGAAGAGAUGGAGUUUUUGGAUGAGAUCAAAAUGGAAGCAAGUGAGAUUGAAAAAUUGUUUGGUAAAGCUUUGCCAAUUAGGAAGGUCAGGUAGAACCAAGAACCACCAUUGUUGUCCAAACUAUAUUAUACAUACUGUGUUCAGUUCAUAUAAAGUAAUAUCUUUGUACACAUUCAUCAUUCUAUAAACAAUUGGAUACAGA